AUGAGAUUGAAAACGCGUUAUUUUAACAUAGGUAUAUUAUUACUAUUCAUAUGUUUCAUUUGUAUUAACAAAUGUAAGGGUUACAUAUUAAACAUCAAUGUAGCUGACAAAGAUGACUUAUUUAUAUUUUUAUAUAAAAAUGAACAUUUGUUAGCCGCAAGCUAUUACAAUUUUAAACCGUCGUAUUUCUUUUCGGUCGAUGAAGGAGAAAUAAACAUCGACAUGACAAUUGAUUUUAAGGAAAACAAACUGGUAAAAAAGAAAAGCAAAAAUCAAGAAAUAUUAGCAAAGGCAAAUAAGAACUCAAUAAACAUACUAAAUAAUUUUAAUGUUGAAAGAGAAUAUUUUAGUAAACGGGGGGUAAGUAAGAGUAUUUGUAACUAUGGGGAUAAAAAUAAAUUGAUCAUUAAAGCUCAUAACAGUAGCAAUAAUAGCUAUAAUAACGCUAAGGAUAACAGGCACAACGACGGAACGGUAGAGAACGAACUCGACUGGACCGCUGACUACAAGUCGAAUAACCUAUUUCUAAUUCUCAUAACUGCGGAUCAGUGGUUAAAUUAUAUAAGACUGAAAAAUAAACUAGAACCUUCGUUAAAAAAUGAUGAAAAUUAUAUAUUUACAUCUCACUUCAAUAGUAUUAAACGUUAUCCAUUAAAUAAAGGAAUAAUUAAGAAAACCAUAAAAAUUAGCCAAAAAAAUAGAUAUAUGUUAUUUUUAAUAAAUAAUAAUAAAUUAAAAAUUAACUUAAAAGGGAAUAUUGUUUUUUAUGAUUAUAAAACAAAACAUUUAUCGCACGAUUUUCUUUUUAUACCCAAUGUACUUUAUUUUACAACCAUUAUACUACUAAUUAUAUUAGUAAUAUUAAUAUUAUAUUUUAUUAAAUAUAGAGAAAAGUCAGAUUUAUUUAUGAUAUUAAAUAUGUUGUUCUUUCUUCUUUCAACAUAUUUUAAUUAUAAAAAUGUAAAUUUCAUAAGAGAUAAGGGAUAUAUGUACCUGUACUUUUGGGUAUCGGCAAAUAUCAUGAAGAAAAUUCAAGAGAUAAUUUCCUUCAUAAUAUAUUUGCAAGUUUCUCUAGGCGACAUGUACAUAAGGAGCCACCUAAGCAGAAUAGAGAUACAGUUUAUGAUUUGUUUUUCAGUCAUUUCCUUUUACACAGGAAUAUUUGAAAUAUUCUUGGGAAAUUUUCAAGCCCCCCGAUAUAUACUCCAAGCCUUUGCAUAUUUAUUUAUUUUUAUUGCCAUAAAUUUUACCUCAACGUUCCUUUCGGCACGUUUAUCAGAAGAAAAUUUAUCUUUUCAUGUUGCUGAGUUGUAUAAAAAAUAUGAUAUAUACAAAAAAUAUAGGGUCAUAUUUUUUGCUGUAAUAAUUAAGCCCAUUUUGUUAAUUAUUUACAAAGUUUUGUGCCUAUCUCCAUCGAAUAUUGAUUUAUACAGCUCACAUGAGUUUUUGUAUGUUUUUUUUGACAUUUCCUUUGAUAUUGUUUUAUAUGUCACACUUUUUGUUUUAUUUCGAACAGUAAAGCCUAUCAAGCUUUUAAAGCAUAUUUUAAGCAACGAAAAUUUCCACAUCGAUUAG